AUGAUUCUCCCACAAGAACCCGAAGAGGGCGAUUACAGUGUUGGCCCCAGAGCCCAGACGCCGCAACUCCGUUCUGAGACUAGAGACAGACGAUUGACCAAUGCUGGUGCUAUCACUGCCCUUGCUCUCGAGGAGAUGCCUGAGGGUGUGAGAUGGGAGAGCGUCGUGGACACUAUGACACAUAUUGGCGUCGAUGGCAUCAUCAUUCCUCGGAUUUUACGCGCCCCGUUUUCGCUAGUUUGUGUCUGGCACAUUCCGUAUCAUGCUUUGCGACUUGGUAAAAUCAACCCGCCUCUUGGAGGAAUCAACCCGCCCCCCACCGCUCUAGCCGUAUUUAGCAAAACAUACCGCACAGCGCCCACACUCCUUACAACGAGCGCACUGCAUGUCCAGCAGAUGGCUUCUCAAGAGCUGACUCAGGCAGCUGAUGAGUACAGGUAUAGCGCCGGUGGGGGGCGGGUUGAUUUCUCCAGGAGGCGGGUUGAUUUUACUAAAUCGGGCCAACCCACCACCCUCUAUAACGGCCAAUCCCCCAUCCUCUACUGCGGCCGACCCACCACCCUCUAUAACGGCCCUACUGCGGCCAACCCACCACCCUCUACAACGGCCAAUCCACCAUCCUCUACUGCGGCCGACCCACCACCCUCUAUAGCCGAUAUGCAUAAACAAGAUGGGCUAUCAUUCAAGCUGACGCAAAGCUGCACAGUUGUCAGCACCCCCAGGCCCCUUGGACGUUUACACAGGAUGGCUACCAAGUUUAUUAUUGAGCCUUUGUCCCAACAGUUGCAACCAGACACAGGUGGUACAGAGUUAGGAGGCAAGUGGAUCGUUGGAAAAGGACAAAAUGUGUACUGGAGAGGUUGUUAUGUAUGGGUCUAUUCAUCCAGCCAGACAUUGAUUCCUUUUGAGAAGCAUGACGUUUGUGAUGGACAAGCUAUAGUGCCUGAGGGGUCAAUUGAGGACUUAUUCCUCAGUGCUGGUCUGAUUCCAUGGCUUGCUUUGGCUGUGACUUGCUGGCGAGCGGAGCGAAAAUACCACCGCUACAACCGAAACAACUGCAUAGACACAAUAUACAAGCUGCGGAAUGGGUACCGAGCGAAACGUCACCGUGUGGCCAGCAAGAUUCUUGGAAAACUUGAGCAGAGAACCCGCGAGUACUUUACGAGUAAAGCUCAAGAUUUGUUCGGAAGCAUCGACGAUCCUCGCCGCACCAUCAGCUAUAACGACAUUCACUUCGAGGACCAGGGGGCAUUGGUGCGCCAGCAUUCUGCGGUUCCGGCGUCUGGGAACUUCGAUGUCGUCCAGUCCUCCCCCGAAUUCAACCUGGUCGAUACCGCCUUCAGUGCCUUCCAAACUGCUGAGCCUCUGGUUUCCGCGUGGACGGAGCCGUCGUCUAGCGGGCGCUUAGGGGCAAGCACCCAAUUUAGAAGGAUCAAUGAUCAAGUUGUGUAUUUCAAUCCCUCACUGGAGGUAUUCUCAUGCAACAUCUAUGGAGUCGAUAUCGGGAUUUCUGGCUCACGCCGAUACGUCUCACAGGGCGGGACGAACAUUCACUCCGACUUGGAUUUUGAGUUUUACGGUAGCAAGAUUGGGCGAGGAAAGGAUGAGCGCGAUGCAAAUCCUCCUGGGAAACAUGCUGUACGGGUCCAUGUAUUCGGCACUUUUGGGGUCUAUGCACGCACACAGCGAUACCUCCCACUGCCACAAGUUGACCGUUCCUCGUGA